AUGAACUUUUCGUCCGAGAGCAGUUUAGCUUUUUCUUGCCCACGGUAUCCCAGUUUUGUGUGGGACCUAACUGACAAAGCUUUCCCCUGGAUAAUGGUCGCAAUCGUAUCUAUUGCUUCUCCCGCUGCAGUCAUUUUGAACAUUUUGGUUAUCGCAGCAGUGAGAUCAAGAAAGGAGCUGCAAAAAAAUCCAAACAUUUUGUUGUCGAGCAUGGCUGUUGCGGAUGUUUUGGUAGGUGCGAUAAAUAUGCCUUUAUCCGCCACUGUUGACUUUGUUAUUUCCCGGCAAGUUUUUAAGGAUCAUAUUUGCUUGGUAGACUUGAUUAAUGUCUACUUGAUGUACGCUUUAGCAGCAUGUACCCUAUACCAUUUGAUCCUUAUCGCUUGGGAGAGGUACCAGGCAAUACGGAAUUGUUAUGAACACAAAGUGAAAAUGACAAGACCCCGCCUGAAGAAACUCGCCAUAACAGCUUGGUUCUUAGCCGCGUUAGCACCAAUUCCAAGCAUUGCACUAAAAGCCCCGGGCAUUUACUACGAUAUAAUUUGUUAUAUCGUUGAAUUUCUCAUGUUGAUUCUAAUCGCUUAUUUUUACAUCAUGGUGUAUCGUGAAACGCGCAAACGUAAACUGGUUACCAAAGUCACCGUUCUGGUGAAAACAAAACUUGAAAACAGAGUGGCUAUGACAUGCGCAUUGACUUCAGCAGCUGUGAUUCUUUCCUUUGUUCCCACGGUAACUGUUAAAUUGUUGGGAGAUUUGUACCCAGGUUUUCGCAAGAGUUCCGUCUUCCGGUCAGCAGAGACACUAUUGCAAAUGAACUCUAUAGUGAAUCCACUAAUUUACUGCUACAGGAACCGUCGCUUUAGAAACAUCAUUCUCGAGAUUUUGUGCAUCAGAAAACCUCAAGAGACUAAGCCAACAGUCCUUCCCAUGCAAUAUGUCAGAUCAAAGGAUCUUUCUUCAAUGGGAGGUACUCAAAAACAACGAAAUGCGCACAGCCGUCGCCUUUUGUCAAGAUCAGAGUCAUGCGAAUUAGCCAACGUGACAGUAUUAAGUGGUGCAAUGAAGAAAAGAUCUGUAUCAGCUCCUUCACUAAUCAGAUCACACAGCAACUCUUUUCAGAGUCCCGGACCGCCGAACAACCCCUCGUCCAUUUUAACAGUUGUUGCGACAGUCCACCCAAAAAGGCUUGAAGGAUAUUUCUCAAUAUUUCGUUUAUCCUCGCCCAAAAACUCAAAGAAAAGUUGGGAUGCUAAACGUAAUUCUUUUAAUGGGUCUGAUCCUCCAGAGGAUUUGAAGAAGGAGCAAUUCUCGUCCAAUAACAUGAAAGUGAAUAAGCGUCUGACAAAAUCUGCCACACUUAUUAGUGGCGCAGAGGGUACAUGUGCAGUUCCGUCACGUUCUCGUAAAGGCCUCUUGAAAAGAAGUAUGUCGGCCCCAUCGUUCAGUAAGCAUGAUCAGAAGUACUUGCAAUGAUACACUACAGUAGCCAGAUCCCACUGUAGUCGACCUGGACAGUUUCCACCUUAAAAAGUCGUGAAAAGUGUUCGGCAGAAUUUUCAUGUCAUUAGAAAACAUUAAAAGUUAUCAUCGUCCUCGGUGAACGCGCUUGAUUUGACAUUCGUAUGGUUCUGGAUUUACGAGUGCUAGACUUGCAAUUGCAAUUUUAAAACCAGUUGUAGCCCGUUCCAAGCUCCAAGAUAGAGAGGGAAUCAGAUCGAGAAAAGUUGCGCGAAAACCGCGUGGGGGAGACGGAGUAGCGGAGCCUGUAAGAAUUGUUUUCAAUACCUCAUUCCGAUGAACCAGCUCUUGGUAUACCCUAUGAUUGGUCAACAAUUGUCACAGUUUACUUCAACAGUGAUGUCAAUCAUUUGGUUUCGCGCGUACAGAGUCUAACAAACAUGUCGAACACGUGAAUCGAAACCCUCCUGUACCACGCACCUUUUGACGUUUUGAUAUUUGACAUUUUGACAGGAGAAAUGGCUUUUCAGUGAGUGGGCGGGGUAGUGAGGGGAUUGAGGUAUUUUAAAAGAUUCUUAAAUGCUCUCCGCUUAUCUUUUUUGCCUUCUUUUGCUCGUUAGUUAUUUCACCGCUCACUCGACGAUAGAGCGAUUUUCGUAUGACCUUGAAAUGAAAACGCGCGAACAAAACAGAAACAACAAACGAACGGAAAUAGAGCGAUUUGAUUGGUUUAUAGAACAGACACAAACGCGCGUGGCUCUUAGUUGGUUAAGCAAACGCUCGAAAGAAAAAGCUUCAUGCCUCAUGGCCUAAACCACCGUGACGAAUUAUUGUAAUCAAUCUCUUUAGUAUUUUUCCUUUCCAAUUUCUGUGUUGUACCUCAUUUCCGCCUCUCCCUUUUAAACAAUUUUUAGUGCGACAUUCUCCAUCUCUAUAAUAUUGUGACUGCUACAAAAGUUCAGUAACAUCUGUAAACCUGAAGAAGGCUGGUAUGGCCAGCCCAAAUAUUUUUAUAAAAAACAAUACACUUUGUUUUAAAUCAGCAUUGCAGUAGUCUUUGGACUUCUCGUUCUUGGUUCUUUAUAUUUUGGCUGACUAGAUCUCUUUUCUAGAGAUCCAACGUUUACAACUAGCAGGAUCUUCGAACACGGUUUUUGCAGUUAUCCUUCUCCAUAUUAGGGUCUUCUUUGGCGGGAAAACGAAGAGGCCAUGUUUUGAUCUUUUUAUGCAUUGGCUGAUAAAACAAAUAACAAACACUUACCGAAACCAUUUUUCAAGGUCAUACGAAAAUCGCUCUAUAUGAGAGUUUGUGACUCGGGACACAAGAAAAUGUCUGUUGUCCGUAUUAACCGCUGUCCGUAAUAAGCGGGUUAAUUUCAGAGGAAAUAUAUGACCAUUUCGUCGGGACAAAGGAAACUGUUAAUUAUAAACGGGUGUCCGUAUUAAGCCGUUGUCCUUAGACUAGCGGGGUUUCACUCUAGUGAAUCUAAUAAUCUUUUCAUUAUCGCCAAAAUACUGAGCUUCCUGUCGUUGAAGGCGCUUUGCAUCGACCCUGAGGGGGAUACUUGUUUUAGUAUUUACCGAAUUAAAUAAAUGAAAGAAAGAGUAACUUUUGGAAAUAAAAGACGUCACUUAGUAACAGCUUUGUUUCCGUUUUAUGCACGAUUCAAUUUGACCCGUUACCAUCCCCUAGGACAAGUUUAGCUUUUCGGGCCAUGGGGUGGGGAAAUGUUUGACGCGGUCCUGUCCUGUGGGUAGGAGGCUGGGGCAAAUCAAAAUUAAUUUCCCUUUGAUUUUGCGAAGUACAUGUUAUUUAACGCGCGGUUUGCACGAAGCUGCGCGACUCAAGACUGCUUUUCUUCAAGGGUAAACGUAGGAAUUGGCUGGAGCGUGGUUGAAGAGCAGUGACCCAUUAAAAUUAACGUCUAUAUUUGAAGGUACCGUAUUUAUUCGAUUAACCGCCCUGGGCGCUUAUUAAAUUUUUGGACCUUGAGAGUGGGCGCUUAUUCGAGGUGGGCGCUUAUUCGAGGCUGGGCGCUUAUUAAAUUUUCACUAUUUUCAGGAAGUGAAGUAUGUUUAUUUUGCAACAAAACAAUAAAUGCUAAUAACAAAACGCGAAGAAGUAACAAAGAAAGGUUUCUGUAUAAUACUCUGAAGAAAGCUCCGUCCUCCGGGAAGUCUCUUAUUAGAAUUUAUUCACUCAAGUGGGUGGGGUGGGGGUGAGCGCUUAUUUGAGUUUGAUUGGGAGGAGGAGGGGGUGGGCGCUUAUUCGAGGCUGGGCGCUUAUUAACUUUUUCUGCCUUUAGGAUGGGCGCUUAUUCGAGGUGGGCGCUAAUUCGAGGUUGGGCGCUUAUUCGAAUAAAUACGGUAUGUUUUAAAAUUGUAGACGAAUGUGCGUAUGGUGCGUACUCGAAUGGAUAUUUGUUUGUAAAACAAACAAAGAAAUAUUUCUUCAGCCUAGUUUAAUAAUAAGCCAACAAAUAAAUAGACUGUAUAUGAAAACAGAUUCAACGCUUUUAAUAUAUACAAAUAGACAAAGAUUCAGUCCAGUGUUAAUUUGAAGUGUUCAAUCAGGGAGGCGCUCACUAGUUUUUUUCUUUCGUUUCGUUUUCAAACGUGUUGUUCAUGUUUUAACUACCAUGUAUUAUCCUUCUCUCAAUAAACUCUAGAAAAACGUUUAGGAAAGUUCUGAAAACGUCUAGCUUUGCUAUUGUACGAAAUCACUUUUGCUCCCAAAAAUAUGUACCGGGAAAAAAACCUAUAAGAGGUCAAUCAGGAGCUCGGAGCUGGCGAAUUGCCUCCAACUGCAUUCCCGGGGGUGGGGAAUAGACCACUAGGAAAGAAAAAAAUUCCAAAUCCCCGAGGUAUGCCCGGGGGGGAUGCUAACAGGUCAAAGUGAACCAUGCAUUAAUUUUGACUAGUCCCUAGGGCUCACUAUUGUGCACGGCAGAUGCGUUUCGGGUCACAUGGUCCGAGAAAGUUUUUGAGGGCGUCUCAAUCCCCCGGCCCUUCGUCUCGGAUACGUCACCGAAAUGCAUUGACCGUGAGGGCCUGGAAAGUCGCCGUACAGGGACUAGGCAAGCAUUAAUUGACAGUGUUUCGCUGAUUUGUCGAGUGCAUUUUCAAUAUUUUAUUGUUCCAAAUUCAGUAAGAAAACACUUUUCUUUUUUAUUACCUUAAAGUAAUCACCACCAAGCCAAUUUCCGUUGCAGUUGCCAUACAGCGUCAUUUUGCAUCGAUUGUGGGAGUUUUGAGGAACCGAUUAUCUUCCAUAUUUACAGUACCGACUAACAGACAAAUGUUAAGGCAUUUAGAACACUUUUUAAAUAACCUUUCUGUGAAAUUGAUGAAUGGAUGUUCAAAAGGUUCUUAUUAAAAGUCUACGUAAGUCUUAUGUUUAUCUUAUGAAAAGUCUAUGUUCUUUCGGAAAGUCACGCAUUAAAAUUACCGACUGGGAUCGAUGACAAAAUUUAUUGAAAUAGGAAUCACAAUUCUUGUAGACAUUUUUAAAGGAAUCAAGAAGCAUUGUGAAAAAAGAACCCACAGGAAUCAUGAAUAUCAAGAUUCAAAGGAUUCCACUUCCACCCCGCGAAAUGUGGAAUGUUUUCUCAAGCUAUCAUGACCCGAAUCUGAGAUCACAAAUCUCUCGAAAAACGGCACUCUACCCAUUCUUACUUGUGAGCUUGGGCUACUUGUAAGUAAAUUUGUUUUAAAUCACUUUUUCAGUAGUGUUGAGCAAAAUGGUGUCCAAAUUGUCCUUUUUGAAAGACUGGCUCAUUUUAAGCUAUUUAAAAUUUGAGUAACAAAAAUUUCUUUCAAAAUAUUCUACAAAAGCGGGGCGGAAUGAAACUAAUGACAUUUCCCGUUCUUAUACACGAAACACAAUCCAACAAAUGACUCGCUCAUUUCCCUAGUACAACUGUUACUCCUCUUCUCUUUUCGUUUUUCCUGCAGGAGGAAAUUAUUCGCAAACAUAAUUCAAUGCAAUACAAGAAAAUUCGCCGGUGUCGCAAAACUACGCCGAAAGCGUUCACGUACAUAAAACCAACUAUGUCGGCAAUCGAGAACUAACUCAAAAAACUCGAUAGACCGACUGUGAACACAGUUAUACACAAGCAACUAUGAACUUUUCAUCCGACAACAUGUUAGUUUUUUCUUGUCCAUACUAUCCCACUUUUUUGUGGGACCUAACUGACAAAGUUUUCCCCUGGAUAAUGGUCGCAAUCGUAUCUAUCGCAUCUCCCGCUGCAGUCAUUUUAAACAUUUUAGUCAUCGCAGCAGUAAGAUCAAGGAAGGAACUGCAAAAAUAUCCAAACAUUCUGUUGUCGAGCAUGGCUGUUGCGGAUAUUUUGGUAGGUGCGAUAAAUAUGCCUUUAUCAGCCACUGUUGACUUUGUUAUUUCCCGGCAAGUUUUUGAUGAUCGUAUUUGCUUAGUAGACUUGCUUAAUGUCUACUUGAUGUACGCUUUAGCGGCAUGUAACCUAUACCAUUUGAUCCUUAUCGCUUGGGAGAGGAACCAGGCAAUACGGAAUUGUUAUGAAUACAAAGUGAAAAUGACAAGAAGCCGCCUCAAGAAACUCGCCAUAACAGCUUGGUUUUUAGCCGCGUUAACACCAAUUCCCAGCAUUGCACUAAAAUCCCCGGGCAUUUACUACGAUAUAAUUUGUGAUAUCGUUGGAUUUUUCAUGUUGAUACUAAUCGCUUAUUUUUACAUCAUGGUGUAUCGUGAAACGCGCAAACAUAAACGGAUUACCACAGUCACCGUUCUGGUGAAAACAAAACUUGAAAACAGAGUGGCUAUGACAUGCGCAUUGACUUCAGCAGCUGUGAUUCUUUCCUUUGUUCCCACGGUAACUGUUGGCUUGUUGGGAGAUUUGUACCCAGGUUUUCGCAAGAGUUCCGUCUUCCGGUCAGCAGAGACACUAUUGCAAAUGAACUCUAUAGUGAAUCCACUAAUUUACUGCUACAGAAACCGUCGCUUUAGAAACAUCAUUCUCGAGAUUUUGUGCAUUAGAAAACCUUAUGAGACUAAGCCAACAGUCCUUCCCAUGCAAUAUGUCAGAUCAAAGGAUCUUUCUUCAAUGGGAGGUACUCAAAAACAACCAAAUGCGUUCAGCCGUCGCCUUUUGUCAAGAUCAGAGUCAUGCGAAUUAGCCAACGUGACAGUAUUAAGAGGUGCAAUGAAGAAAAGAUCUGUAUCAGCUCCUUCACUAAUCAGAUCACACAGCAACUCUUUUGAGAGUCCCGGGCCGCAGAACAACCCCUCGUCCAUUUUAACAGUUGUUGCGACAGUCCACCCACAA